AUGUUGACGGGCUAUGAUCGACUGAGAAUUCAGAAUCUGCUGAACCCAGAUACGCCACAUGCAGAACACUCACCCGAUAUUGUGCAUUUGGUGUCUCCGACCGUCAGCAAUCUACAUGGUCCGUCAUCGAAGGUGACAAAUCAGGGAGGGGUACAUUGCUCGGAUGAGUUGGACUCUCAAAGAAGUGAUCGCCAGACCAAAGCUUGGAUCAAGCGAAACCAAGUACUUGCGUCCGAUGUGCUGCAUUCCCAACCAUGCCAAGUGACCUCACCGUCAUCGCACGUCACUCAGCCCGUGAAGGUGUCACUUGAUCAUGUACGAGCAUUAAGGGUCGUCGAGCUAAUGAACGAUUAUCGUACUUUACUGAUUCAUAUUUUGAAUUACACCACAAGCGUCCCGUCGAGAAAUUUGGAAGGAGUGGGCUAUGCAGUGCUCGGUGAGAGCCUUAUAGCGGCCCACAGUUUGUUGACUAGCAGUUAUUCAUCAGAAGCAAGCAGCUGUGACAACGACUACGUUCGCAAUAAGCAGCUUACAGAGUAA